AUGGCGGGUGAUGAGGUGGUCAAGACGGAUCUUUUGAUCGUCGGGGCCGGCCCGGCCGGGGCCUCGCUUGCCUGUUUUCUCGCUGCUCAUGGCAGGAAGGGGAUAAUCAUAGCUGCGGCGCCGGGAACGGCUGAGACUCCACGUGCUCACAUCACCAACAUGGCCGGGAUGGAAUGUCUGCGGGACAUCGGCCUAGAGCAGGCCUGUCUUGAUGUCGCCACCCCUAGCCACCACAUGGCCCAUACCCGAUGGUGCCGUAGCAUGGCUGGCGAAGAGUUCGCGCGGGUGUACUCGUGGGGUCACGACCCAAAGCACAAAGGUGACUACGAGGCGGCUAGUCCUUGCAACCACGUCGACCUACCGCAGACCCUCCUCGAGCCUAUCCUCACGAGGAGGGCGGUCCACAAGGGCUGGUCGCUUCGGUUCAACACCAGGUUUCUCCGUUUCACCCGGCCGACUCCAGAAACGGUAAUCUCCGAGGUCCUCGACCUAAUCACCCAGAAGACGUACAAGAUUGAGUCUCGGUACCUCUUCGGCUGCGAUGGUGCUAGGAGCCAAGUCGUACGCGAGCUCGGCAUCCCCCUCAUCAAGAAGCCCGGGCAGGGGCUGGCAUUGAAUGUGCUCGUGCGGGCGGACCUGUCGCAUCUCAUUGCGAACCGCAUCGGAAACCUACACUGGGUCUUCCGUCCCGAGGAGACCACCGCGCCCCCUUGGGGAUGGGCCGCCAUUGUACGCAUGGUGCGACCGUGGGACGAGUGGAUGUUCAUCUUUCUUCCAGCGCCGGGCUCUGACCUUACUGCCGAAGCGAUGGACGCCAGCGACGAAGAGUAUAUGGCUAGGGUGAGGGAGUGUAUCGGCGAUGACUCCGUCAAGGCCGAACUGCUCCACGUCGGAAAGUGGUGGAUCAACGAGACCGUGGCCGAGUACUACUCGGAUGGUAACAUUUUCUGCCUCGGUGAUGCCACACAUCGACACCCCCCCUUCAACGGUCUCGGCUCCAACACGUGCAUCCAAGAUGCGUUCAACCUCGCGUGGAAGAUUGACUACGUCAUGUCUGGCAAGGCGGGGCCCAAGCUGCUCGAGUCGUUCAGCAAGGAGCGCCAGCCGGUCGGCGUCGACAUCAUCACGCGCGCAAACCAGGGGCUCCGGGACCACAUCCACUGGCAGAGGACGCUCGGCAUGCUCGAGCCGGACCUGAACAAGCGGCUCGAGAUCCUGGCCGAGCUGGACGACCCGGGCGAGAAGGGCCGCAAGCGCCGGCAGGAGUUCCAGGCGGCCAUCGAGACCACGACGACCGAGUUCCACGGCCUGGGCAUCGAGAUGAACCAGCACUACGUCUCGGACGCCGUGUACCUGGCUGACGAGGCCGGCCCGCCGCCGGCGCUGCCCGAAGGCGCCUGCAAGGUGAAGACGCACCAGAUCACGACGUAUCCCGGCCGCCGCCUGCCCCAUGUCUGGGUCAACACGCGGGUCCCCGGCAAACCAAUCUCCACCAUCGACCUCGCAGGACAUGGCCGUUUCUGCCUGCUGACCGGCCCGGGGGGGCAGGCCUGGAAGGAUGCCGCCCGAUCCGUCUCGGAGGCGCUGGGCGUGGAGAUGGCCAGUUACUCGAUCGGCUGGAAGCAGGAUUACGAGGAUAUCUACUUUGACUGGGCCAAGAAGCGAGAGGUAGCCGAGGACGGCUGCGUCCUGGUUCGCCCAGACAGGUUCGUCGCAUGGAGGUGUAACGGUAUGAUUGCAAACCCGGAAGAAAAGCUGCGGCUGGUUAUGAGAAGCGUUCUCGGCUUGGGCCACGUUAAUGGCCAGUAA